CAUGAUUCCAUCUAUUAUCUAGUUAUCUGUCCAUCUUCAACGACCGAAACGGAUGAGCAUCCAAGAGACCCGCAUUUCUUCGCAGUCACUUUGUCCUCAUCGAUAUGCAAGCUAUCAUCCUUUCCAUUACUCUGCAAAUUGUUCUUGGUUGAAAUCAAGAAGGAAAGAAAGAAAAGAUAAAUUACCAUCUACUAGGUAUCAAAACAUACAGUAGUAAUCUAAACUAAUCUACCUCGGCUGUGCCCUGACCCCCCUAGUCAGUCAGCAGAGAUAGAGAGAGAGAGGAAAAGGAAAAAAAGGUAAACAAAUCAAUUGACUUUGCUGAAAAUCCUCGUGUCAAAAAAAACCUGUCAAUGCUCAAUGCUCCAACCCUCUCAAAGGAGAUUCCCCCCCCUCCACCGCCCGGACAUAUACUAUCACUAACAUAUAUCACUAACAUUUUUUUUUUUAAUUCCUACUCAGAUUUUCGGACCGCUCCAUCUAUUUAUUUAAUCUGUCUACUUUUCUAGUAUCGACCUAAAAUAUAUAGCGGAACAUGUCGGUCAAGAUCGAGAGGGAUACGAUCCGCCAUGCAACCGAGACUGUGCCUAGCAACAGUCUCGCGAGACUGCCUCGCGACGCCGGUGCUCUCCAAGGCCCUCUUCCAGGAACGAGCGGAAAGCAUCCCGUCGCAGAAGCACUCGGCACGGCGAUCACUGGAGGCAAGCGGAAUGCCGGCACAAGAGGCUACCUGAUGGCAUACAUCAAUCAUCUGGAAAAGAACCCUUUGCGAACGAAGAUGGUCACGGCCGGAGCCCUUGCUGGUAUGCAGGAAUUUCUCGCGUCAUGGCUAGCGAAGGACCGCAAUAAGCACGGAAACUAUUUCACGGCUCGCGUCCCAAAGAUGGCCGCUUAUGGCGCCUUGAUCAGCGCGCCCUUAGGCCACUUUCUGAUCUGGUGCCUCCAAAAGGCCUUCAAGGGCCGCACGAGUCUCCGCUCCAAGAUUGUCCAAAUUCUCGUUAGCAACUUAAUUGUUGCUCCCAUUCAAAAUGUCGUCUAUCUCGUUGCUAUGGCUCUCAUCGCCGGGGCCCGAACCUAUCACCAAGUACGAGCAACGGUACGCGUCGGUUUCAUGAAGGUCAUGAAGGUAUCCUGGAUCACCUCACCACUUUGCCUCGCUUUCGCGCAGCAAUUCCUGCCCGAGGCUGCCUGGGUUCCCUUCUUCAACGUCGUCGCCUUCAUCAUCGGUACCUACAUCAAUACCAUCACCAAGAAGAAGCGCCUCGCUGCUCUGCGCAAGAAGCACUUUGGCGAUGGCCGAUCCAGCUCGGCGGUAGGCGGAAGGCCCGAAUCGGAAUAUCCCCCUCCUCCCGGAAUGGGGCCUAACCCACCAUACUAAGUCGGUCGUACUUAACUGGUCACUAGACUAUCAGGGUGUGGGGGUUAGGAAGUGAAUGCGGGCGGGAGGAUGCUGGUGUUGUGUUGGACAGGACUGUGGAAAAUUUCAAUGUUAUUGAGGAAUGAAAUGACGGGGAUCUGGCCGGCUUUUGCUCGACUUAAUAACGGGGGAGGCGAUUUUUCACAUGACGUCGUAUACAAUAACGAAAGGGAAAACCGGUGGGCUUGGGGUUAUCUUGGGACGAAUUGUGAUGUGUUUAGGAGUAUCCGCGCUUUUACUUACAUCUUUGUUUUUUCUUCCUUGUUUGUUGUGUUUUUAAAUAUCAAAAUAGUUUUCCUCGAGUACCCACCCUACCCUACCUACCUGUAGUAGCUUAUAAAGAAACAGAAAAUAAAGAUUUAAAACGUAUGGAUUGGAACUUG